AUGGCGAACGAGCCUUCGCCAGCCUCAGAAGAGAAACAUGCCCAGACCACAGCAUCAAAGCCGCCGGUGGACCCUGCGGAUCAGUCUGCGACACCAACUGACGGCCAGGAGCUCACAGUGACGUCCGGUGCAGCGUACUUGCGCAUUUUCACAUAUGCAGAGCCAAUACAUGUCGUCUUGGGGGUAGUGGCUUUCGUUGCCGCCCUGGGUUCAGGCACAGGCUUGGCCCUGGUCAACCUCGUGCUCGGCCAGUUUGUGGGCAUUUUGACCGACUACGUCGCAGGGGACAUCUCAAGGGACAACUUCAUGAGCAAUGUCACGACCUACUGCUUAUAUUUUGUCUACAUCGGAAUCGCGCGCCUGUUCCUGACCUAUGCAUAUACGACUCUCUCGAAUUACUGCGCCUAUCACAUUGUACGCAACAUACGACGACGCUACCUGAAAUCAGCCCUCAGCCAGGAGGUUGCCUUCUACGAUCAAGGCACUUCUGGGUCGAUCUCCAUGCAAGCAACGUCGAACGGCAAUUUGAUCCAGUCUGGCAUUGCCGAGAAACUGGCUCUGGCCUUCCAGUCGAUGGCAACCUUUGUGGCUGCUUUCAUCAUAGCCUUCAUCAGUCAGUGGAAGCUGACACUGAUACUCCUCUGUAUUGCGCCUACUCUGAUCAUUCUGAUGGGAGUUGUUGCUUCGAUUGAAGCCAAGAUUGAAGGCCAGAUGUUGGAGACCUAUGGCAAAGCAGGCGCAUAUGCCGAGAGCGUUCUGUCCACGACGAGGACAGUACACGCUUUUGGACUUCGGCAGAGGCUCGUGGCCCGUUAUGCGACUUAUGUAGCUCAUGCGAGGAGCCUUGGCAAUAAAAAGAGCCCUCUCUAUGGUGCUCUCUUCAGCAUUGAGUAUUUUGUGAUAUAUGCUGGGAUGGGCCUCGCCUAUUGGCAAGGUGUCAAAAUGUUCUCAAACGGGGAAGUGGAUUCUCUGGGAACCGUGUUCACGGUGCUUCUCUCUGUCGUUAUCGCCACCCUGAACAUCACAAUCAUCGCUCCCUACACAGUAUCGUUCCAGCGAGCUGGGUCCGCUGCUGCACAACUGUUCACCCUUAUCGACCGAGCCUCUCAGAUAAAUCCUUUCGACGAAGGCGGUGAACGGCCCAGUCAGACUGACGGAGUCAUCGACAUCAAGAACAUCGGCUUUGAGUACCCUACAAGGCCGGGGGUGACUGUCCUCGAGGACUUUUCCUUGCACGUCCCGGCUGGUAAAGUGACUGCACUUGUGGGAGCCAGCGGUUCGGGGAAGUCGACCAUCAUAGGCCUACUCGAACGAUGGUACAAGCCUCGCUCGGGGGCCAUCGAGCUAGAUGGUCGAGCAAUCGACACGCUCAAUCUCAACUGGCUCCGGACCAACGUGCGCCUUGUUCAGCAAGAGCCAGUCCUUUUCAACGGCACCGUCUUCGAGAACAUCGCGAAUGGCUUAGUUGGGACCCCCUGGGAACACGCGACUGUCGAGGAGCAACAGCAAAGGGUCGAGCAAGCAGCCGACUUCGCCUUUGCUCACGACUUCGUCUCGAAGCUGCCCGAAGGCUACAACACACGUAUUGGCGAGCGCGGCGGCCUCCUGAGCGGCGGUCAGAAACAAAGAAUAGCAAUCGCGAGAAGUAUCAUUUCUGAGCCCAAGGUUCUGCUACUAGACGAAGCUACGAGCGCUUUGGACCCGCACGCUGAGGGCAUAGUCCAGAAGGCGCUGGACAACGUGUCCAAGGACCGGACCACCAUCGUCAUCGCCCACAAGCUCGCGACCAUCAGAGAAGCGGACAACAUCGUGGUCAUGGCCAAGGGACGAAUUCUCGAGCAAGGCACUCACAGCUCGCUCCUUGCGGCCAACGGCGCAUAUGCGCGUCUCGUUCAGGCGCAGACCCUCACUUCUAGCGCAGCUUCCGACGUCGCAGACUCGAGUUCCACCUCUGAUGACGAGGAGGAAGCGAAGGGAGAGCAACAUACAGAGAUGGAGCUCUCUCGAUCCCUCACGCGUUACGCCACGGCGGACCGGUUGCACCUGCAAAAGCUCGGUGACCGUGACAACUACGAGAACUUCAAGCAGUACGGUCUGGUGGGGACAGUAUUGCAAAUGAUGCGAGCGACCCCGGAGCUCAAUAAGAUUUACGCGCCUGUGGUCCUGCUCUGUAUUGCAGCAAGGCAGGCAGUGCUGCUGGGCGGAGUGAUGGAUAUCUUCCAACUGCCCCUGGACGAAAUGCGCAGGCGCGGCAAUUUCCUGGCUCUCAUGUUCUUCGUGCUCGGCAUUGGUUGCCUGGUCGUGUACUUCUCUUUGGGUUGGCUCACCAACAUCAUCGCCCAGACACUGAACCAAAAGUUCAGGAAGAACAUGCUCGACUCCAUGCUCCGCCAAGACGUCCAGUUUUUCGACAGAGCCGAGAACACCGUGGGCGCCCUGACCGGUCGCCUCGAUUCUUACACCCAGGCCAUCCUCGAGCUCAUGGGAUUUAACAUUUCCCUCGUCCUGAUCACCAUGAUCAGCGUCACCGCUUCCAGUAUCCUUGCCGUCGUCGUGUCGUGGAGGCUCGGCCUCGUCGGCGUCUUCGCUGGAAUCCCGCCGUUACUCGUUGCCGGCUACGCUCGAAUCCGCCUCGAGACCAGGAUGGACGAUGGAAACUCGAAGCGGUUCUCCCGCAGUGCUUCGGUUGCCUCGGAGGCUGUCACAGCUAUCCGGACGGUGUCAAGCUUGGCGAUCGAGCACUCGGUGCUGGAGCGGUACACGGACGAGCUUGACCAUGCUAUUCGCCAGUCGAUGCUUCCCUUGUUCCACAUGAUGUUCUGGUUCUCGUUCACACAGGCCAUCGAGUAUUUCAUCCUGGCACUGGGGUUCUGGUAUGGCUGCAAAUUGGUCUCCGAGGGCAGUGUGACGUUUUAUCAGUUCUUCGUGUCAUUCAUGGGUGUCUUCUUUGCCGGACAAAACGCAUCGCAGAUGUUCGCGUAUACGACGAGCAUUACUAAGGGGACAAGCGCGGCAAAUUACUACUUCUGGCUUACCCGUCUACAACCGGGGAUCAUCGAAACACCGGAAAACGCCCAACAUGGACCGGCGCGUGGCAUCGAGGAAAUUGAGUUUGACAAGGCCAAGUUUACCUACCCUCUCCGGCCAGGACAUCAGGUCCUGCGAGGGAUUGAUAUCAAGAUCAAGCGAGGACAAUUCGUUGCCUUUGUUGGUGCUUCUGGCUGCGGAAAAAGUACCAUGAUAGCAUUGCUUGAGAGAUACUACGACGCCACAGCGGGCAGCAUCAACAUAGACUCGGAGCCCUUGACAUCUCUCAAUCCCCGCCUAUACCGCCAAAAUAUCGCCCUGGUCCAGCAAGAGCCAACGCUGUACCAAGGAACCGUCCGAGAAAAUGUCCAGCUGGGCUACGAGCAACACGGCGAGGACGAGACGCUGCCGAGCGAAGAGAUGGUGGAGUCCGCCCUGCGGGCGGCGAACGCGUGGGACUUUGUGAUUUCCCUACCAGAAGGCCUCAACACCCCAUGCGGCGCAAGCGGGUCGCAGCUCUCGGGCGGCCAGCGCCAGCGCCUCGCGAUAGCGAGGGCACUGAUCCGGGACCCGAACGUGAUCCUACUCGACGAGGCCACAUCGGCGCUCGACACCGAGUCCGAGAAGAUGGUGCAGAGGGCGCUGGCCGAGGCCUCGGCGGCGCGGGACCGUAUCACUAUUGCGGUGGCCCAUCGUCUCAGCACGAUUCGAGACGCGGACGUGAUCUGUGUCUUUUACGAGGGCAAGAUCGUUGAGAAAGGUACACAUGAUGAGCUUUUGGCUCUGGGUAAAAUGUACACAAAGAUGUGUGAGGCGCAGAGCUUGGACAGGUAG